GAGAGUGCGGCUGCGCAGUUCGUGGUGGGCCCUGACGGUCGGAGCGAUGCCUGAGGACUGGGACAAGGACGUUUACCGGCAGCCGGACAGCCGGACCCCGGAGGUGGACAAGAAGACCGGACUGCCCAACCCGGCGGUUAUUGUCAGCAAACUAUUCUACUACACGGUCGACUUGCCGGUUACAACCUUCAGAGAUUGGGUGGAACGCCAGCGAGAAAAAAACAAGUUCUAUUACUAUCACCGUAAUUUCAGACGAGUGCCAGAUUUGACGGAGUGCACUUUGGGUGAUUUCCUCUGUUACUAUGAGGCAGAGAUGCAGUGGAGAAGAGACUACAAGGUUGAUCAGGAAAUUAUAAAAAUUCUUCAGGAGCGUCUGAGGGCCUGUCAGCAGAGGGAAGGGCACAGCUAUGUACAGAAUUGUGCUAAGGAGCUCGAACAAUUCAAGCAGGGAGCAAAAGGCUACCAAUCAAGAUAUGGUGACUUGGGAGCUUAUGCUAGUGGCAGAAAGUGUCUAAUGAAACAGAAACAUCGAAUGAUUGAGGAGAGGGAGCAGGCAGCAUCUGAAGCAUGAACAGGUCCCACCAGAAAGUGAUGUUCUUUCAAAAUUACUUUUAUGACAAACUGUCAUCUAUAAUGUAUAGUCUGAAUGUGUUCAAAUUGUUAAAUGCUAUAUUUCACAUGAAUGUGACUCCAGCAUACGGAACCUUAUAAAAUAACAUGCCAUAACUUA